CUUGUAACAAAUAUGCAGCACGCCUUACGAUUCGGCCGCAUUUACCAGCACAAUCCAGGCUUCGUCACGGCAAUCACGAAAAGAAUUCGUGGCACGCACGUCAACCUCCUUAAAAACAAGGUGGAAGACUUGGCUCUCUACGCACACGACAAAAUAAUGGAACACAAAGCCACGGCAGAAAAAGAUGUCAACCGGGAUUUUGUCGAUGCAUACCUGAAGAAAGUACAAGACAGCGACCACGACUCCAAAGCUUAUUUCACGGUGGAAACGCUAGUCGGCAUGGUGACUAGCUUCCUCCUUGCUGGCACCGCAAGCACCGCCGGUACCAUUCAAUGGCACAUGGUUAAGCACGCCAUGGAACCAGACACACUACAAGCUAGGGUACAGCGCGAAAUUGACGAGGUGAUCGGGCGAGAGCGGCGACCAACGUGGGAAGACCGAUUACGCAUGCCCUUCACUAUGGCGAGCGUGUGGGAGAUGGACCGCUGGAAGACAAGCACGCCGCUAGGCGUACCCCGAGAAGCCUCCGAAGACACCGUCGUGGACGAGUUCUUCAUUCCAAAAGGCACCGUGAUUAUGGCGAACUUCUGGGCGGCGCAUUUCGACUCUAAGUUCUGGAAGGACCCGGAAAAGUUCGACCCGACACGCUUCUUGAAUGAGGACGGAACACUUAUGGCGCGCAAACCUGAAUGUCACCUUCCAUUCUCCUUCGGAAAACGCACCUGCCCCGGCGAGAUAUUGGCCACUGUCGAGAUAUUCCUCGCCGUGACGUCACUCCUUCAACGAUUCCGCGUUCUCCCAGCUGGCAAGAUGCCUUUCGACAUCAACAGCCCUUCUAUACUGUCUGGUCACGUGCAGUACCUCAAGUUGCGGUUCUUAGACCGGCGCCAGAGCCUGUAAGCGCUGAAGCUGGCGACGUUCGAUCGCGCGUUAUUUGGGGAAUGCUGUUACAGUGCUGCAAUCACAUCAACAAGAGAAAAAAACGCAGAGUUGGGUGGAAUCCAGAAGCAGUGCGGACCUCAAAUCGCGUCUUUCUUCCACAUACUCUUUACAUUGUACUUUUUUUCUUAUUCUUCUUCUGUCAUCUAAUAGCAAGUAAAUACUUCAUUUUUCUCAGCGGAUUUCAUAUUGUCCAAAUUAUAUUUAAGCGCCUUUUUACAUACAGAA